AAACCUCGUGUACAUUUUGGUUCAAUAGAAGAACAAGAAUCUGCUAAACGGUUUAAACAUGAUGAUUCACAACAAGCUGCUAUUAUAUCUGCUGCUUCUUCUAGUGGUGGCGGUAUUGAUCUCGAUGCUUUAGCCGAAUUAGCUGAUGUUGGAUCUACAAACGGUGGAUUAUUACAAGGAAAUCAACAAGUGCUUGCUGAAUUCGAUAGAAGGAAACGAGCUCGUGAAAUUGCUGUACCCACUGACGAUGGUCGUGUACGUCAAAGAUUACGUGAACUUGGUGAACCUCAAUGUCUUUUUGGUGAAGAUGCUGGUGAUCGUCGUGAUCGUCUUCGAUUCUUAUUAUCAAAAUUGACAGGUGAAAAAGUAGAAAGUGAAUCUGAAUCGGAAGAGGAAGAGGAAAAUGAGGAGGAAGAAUUCUUUACUCCUGGUACUCCAUCAUUAUUACGGGCUAGACAACAGAUCACGUCUUACUCCUUACCAAGGGCAAAACGAAGAUUAGAGAAACAACAGGCAGAAACACAAAUUCCAUUAUCACAACUCAAGGUCGGACGAAAAGAACUUCAACAAAAAUUAAAGGAUUAUACUGGUUGGUCAUCACAAGUAGCGGAUGAACGACCUGUGGCACAAUGCGCAUUUUCUCCUGAUUCCAAAUUGUUACUGACUGGAUCCUGGUCUGGAGGUUGUAAAUUAUGGUCUGUUCCAAAAUGUGAACUUAUUACGACAUUAGCUGGGCAUUCUGAUCGAGUAGGAGGUGUUGCUUUCCAUCCUGAAUCUACUUUGACUUUGGAUAAAAGUGUUGUGAAUUUCGCUACAAGUGGAGCUGAAGGAUCAAUUAAAUUAUGGAGUCUGGAUAAUGCAUCGCCUUUAGCAACGAUGGAAGGCCAUGUAGGUCGAGUAGCAAGAAUUGGAUAUCAUCCUUCUGGUCGAUAUAUUGGUAGCGCUGGCUUUGAUGGUACUUGGCGAUUAUGGGAUGUAGAACGUAGAGAAGAAUUACUACUUCAAGAAGGACAUUCCAAAGAAGUAUAUUCUAUUGCCUUUCAAUGUGAUGGAAGUCUUGUGGCUACAGGUGGAUUAGACGCUAUUGGACGAUUAUGGGAUUUACGUACUGGACGAUCAGCUAUGGCAUUACAAGGACAUAUUAAGGAUAUUGUUGGUUUGGAUUGGUCACCCAAUGGAUAUCAUCUUGCUUCAGCUAGUGCAGACAACUCUGUUAAGAUU